AUAUUGGUGGAUGGUCCCAUGUAUUUGAGGAAGUAUAAAUUAUAUUGCAGUGGGUGCAGACAAAAGUGAGCAGGAAAUGAUAAGGGAAAUGGAGAGUUUGCCACAUGAGGGGAGACAAGAAGAGUUUGGUUAGUUUAGCCUACAAAAGUGAAGACCUCAUACAUUAAAAAGAAUCAUCAAAGGAAAGAGAGGCCAGGGACAGCAGGCUGACGUUGGGAGACAGUGCAGAGGAAUAGAGCCAUCAGGAAAGAGCCCACAAACCACUUGUGCAGAGCUGCUGCUAUCAAACUGACGGAGAUAGAAACUCUUGAAAGAAAACAACGUGGAAAGCCCUGUUAGGGAAAGAAGUGGGAUUUUGUUUGCAUGUCAUGGCUCACUUCUCCUACAAGCCCUGAAAUUGCUGUACAAGGUGAAACAGAUCCCCAGGUGUACCAAUGGAAGAGACAGGUGACAUUCAGAGCUGCCAGAAUAAGCACGAAGAGGACAUCUCAGAGAGUUCCCCAUUUGACUUUGUUAUAAAACAGUUCCAAGAAAGGAGAUCCUUUCCUGGAAAAAAAGAAGAGCAGCCUUCAGCCAUCAAAAAAUUCUUCAAGGGCUUUGACUUUGGGAAAUCUGAAGGCAAGGACAGAAGGGAAAUUGAAGAAACAGAAAUAAACAACUCUGGAGCUUAUGAUCAGAGUGAGAAGCAGGAUCUCUCUGUAGAAGAUGGACUUUCACAUCUCAUUUCUGAAGCGGAGUCACCAUCUGGUGAGCAGAGAUUUAACCAGUUCAUGCAGAAGUUGGGAAAGAAGCCCAACAGCAAGAAUCUGGAUCUAAAUAAUUGUGCAUUAAGUGCAGCAGAUGUAACAGAGCUGGCUUCUUUACUGCCAUUUGUCCCAGAGCUGGAAGAGAUCAGCCUGUCCUGGAAUGGUUGUGUUGGUGGGACUUUGAAAGCUCUCGCUGUUCAUCUUCAUCAUGUGAACCUGUUAAAAGUCCUUCGACUUAACAACUGCAGGCUGACAGCUGAGGAUAUCACCUCCUUAGGAGAGGCAUUUGAAAUUGUUCCUCAACUUGAAGAACUGGAUUUAUCAUGGAACAGUAACAUAGGUGGAAAACUAUCACUCCUGACAAAAAAACUCCAGAAAGGAUGCAAGAUGAAACUUCUGAAAAUUACAGACUGUAACCUGACAGCAAAGGACGGAGAAUCCCUUGCUGAAAUUCUACAUGUGAUCCCAGACCUCGAAGUAUUAGAUAUCUCUAUCAACAAACACAUCGGUGGCAGCAUGAAGGUUAUUGCUCAGGAUCUGAAAAAUGUGCCAGGCUUGAAAGAGUUAAACUUGCAUAUGUGUGGAUUAACGCAAGACAGCCUCCAGGGCUUAGGCACUGCUUUACAACACCUUGCUGAGCUAAGAAAACUAGACAUAUCAUGUAACAAAGAGAUUGGUGGUGGCUUUAAAGACUCAACAGCUCAUCUGGCCAGCUUGAAGAAUCUCGAAGUCCUUGAUCUCCACCAGUGCUGUGUAACAGAAGAGGACAUGACCGUUUUGUCCCAGAUGAUACCUUUACUAUCCAGUCUUCAAGAGCUGAAUUUAUCCUCGAAUACAAAUGUAGGAAUCUCAUCUGAUCCUCUUCUGGGCAGGCUCAGGUUUUUACCAAAGUUGAAAUCUGUGGCCUUCAGCAAUUGUGGUUUGAGCAAAGAGUCAUUUUCAUCACUAGCUGAGGCUGCCCUUCACCUUCCUGAACUGGAGAUAUUAGACCUUUCUUGGAAUAAGUGCGUUGGUGGGAACCUAAAGCUGCUUUUGGGAGCACUAAAGCUUGCAACGGAGAUUCAAGUGUUAAGACUGAGCAGCUGCAACUUGGUGGCUGAAGAUUUGGCACUUCUAACAUUACUGACGCAGGACGGCCAUCUAGCCAGAUUACAGAAGCUGGAUUUGAGUUAUAAUAACAACAUUUCUGACGAAGGGUGGGUCGUUUUCUGUCAAGGCUUAGCGGGAUUCAAAGAACUCUCAGAGCUGGACGUCAGUCUUCGCCCAUCGUCCUGCCGUGACUGUGGGAUGUGGUUCAGCGAGUUGUUAGCAUCACUGACAAAGCUGCCUGCCUUGGCAGAGCUGGGCAUGCAAAGAUGGGUCCUUUCAGAAUCGCAGCGGAAACAACUGGAAAGCUUUAAUCAAGACAACAAACGAGACAUUCGUUUUGACUGUUGAUGGAGGUUGAAGGUUUCUGGAAGACCUUUCACAAGCAGCACAUGAACCAAGUAUUAUGUAUCUCUGGCUUAGAAGGCUGCCCAGUUUUUCAUAAUCUCAUCUCAUGAGAGCUCUUGAGAUAGUUCCAUAAUUAUGUAAAGCUGUUAUUUAACUUUCUACAUGAAUAGAUGAUACAAUUUAAUAACAUAUCUUUCAGAUUCUCUGGGCCAUGCCUACACUGCUAGGCUGACACUACUAUAUAUGCUUAAUCUUCAUGUUGUGAAUACAGCAAUGACUAGUGUCCAAAGAGCAGUGAUGAUUUCAGAUGGACACACUGCAGGUUUGCCCAUGGAGGGAAGUGGCCGGGCUGUGUGCUGUGCAGGUCGGUGGGCAACGUGAAUCUGGCCUCGUGUAUAUAAGGAAAGUGCCUCUGAUGUGAAAAUACUUGAAACCUCUAUGUUUUAGAUUUUAGUUUCUCCUCUCCCAAAACUUUUGCCUCUUUGUGACUGCAUUAAAUCUACAUAAUUGUGA